GGAGGAAUCGUCGCAAUGUUAUUUUCCGUGGUUCUUUCGGCGUUAUGGAAUCGCUUGAAUAGAGGAUUUCCGCCGGAUAAUACAUUUUUUUAACGUUCGAAGAAUCUUAUGGCGAAAUUUCAGGCCGGUGUGCUCGCAGGAAAAUGGCGGAGCGAUAACCUGUUCGUGCUUCGUUUCCGAACGUAACAUCGCUCACGUUCAGGAAUACAUUCGAAAUGGAUAUCUCGAGUAUCCUCGAAGUCCAAGUGAAGGAGAAAACGGAGGUGGACAGCAAAGAGAACGUAACUCCAAGGGAACAGUUACCAAGCACGACAAACGCGUCUCUUCCUCCAGAAGACGUUGAAUAUUACAAGCUGAUAUUCGGCAAUGAUGUGUCAAUGGUACGAUUUAAAAGGCUGCAUUGCACAGCAUGUGAUGCACACAUCGGUUCUGCAGCUGCAAAUGUACAUAAUAUGUAUGAACAUCCUGUACUAUUCACAUUGUUGUGUGCAAAGUGCAGAGAUUUUUAUGGGGAUGGCAUGUUUGAGCAAGGUGAUGAUGCCACAGACAUGUUUUGCAGAUGGUGUGCAAACGGUGGUAAUUUGUAUUGCUGUUCAUUUUGUAGUAACACAUUUUGCAGCAAAUGUAUCAGCAGAAACUUUGAUCCUCUAUACAGGAAGAAAAUUGAGGCAGAGGAAAAAUGGAAGUGUUUUGUCUGUGACCCUAAAGACUUGUUUAGGGCAAGGGCAACCUGUUGGGCAUUGCUUCAACAUGUCCAAAAAAUGAAUAGACUGAUCCAAAGUUGUAGCAGUUUGACCGAUGAACAAAUACACGAGAAAUUGAAUGUCGACGAAACUACAUGCUGCCCACGGAUUAGGAAACGCAAACGUCAGAAAUACAGUUCCAAUUCUGAAGACGAGGAUGUAACUUAUACACAGAGCCAAUUCACAUCUAGUAAACGCAGAAGGAGAGGCUCAAGAAGGAAACACUACAAUGGUAAAAAUUACACCGAGAAGAGUGUCGACACUGUGGAAGAUUGUUACGAUUCUCCUGAAGUGUUACCAUCUUUGUUGUCGUGCGAGCAAACAAUGGUUGAAUGCGAUGACUCUACCGUAAACGUAGACGGUACAAUUGUCCCCAACGUGAUGCAACCGGUUCAUCAACCAUCGUUUGCGAUUCAACAACAGUCAAGGGUGAACGUUGUCCCGAGCACUAACUUGUUAGCGAAUCCUGUUAAUUUACUGUCUCGUAUGAAUUCCAUAAAUCAGCCAAGGCCGAUACGUCCACGUUAUAUAUCCUAUAAUGCGACAGUUCCUAUGGUCACCAUACCUAAUAAAAAUGUGAAGAUCCUGAGUAAACCAUCGUGCACGGAAUCGCAAGUACCGAGUAUUACACCGAACGUUAUAGAGAUUGACAGUGAUCCAGAAGUAGUACCGGUCAUUGACCUCACUCAAUCUAUUAAUCUUCCUACGAAAUCUAACAGCCCUAAGGACGAUCAAGUGAAACCUGUCGCGCUUGUGAGCUGGAAAGAGGAGACCAGCGUGUGGCUAGAUAUAACAGAUCAAGUAAAGUCGAAAACAUUGAACGAACUAUUAUCGCCGUACAGCGAACACGCGUGCAACAUUUUGGCUACUGUACAUAAGAAGUUCCAAUGUUUAUCCAAUACCAUUAAGCGAGAUGCGCAUCGACAGCCUGACUUGAAAAAAGCCGAGUAUUUGAUCAAGCGUUUUUAUCGGGAAAUACGCGAUGCCGUGAUUCAGUUGUCGAAUAUCAACGAUAGAAUUGUUCGUGAGCAUAGCAAGUGGAGGAUGACUCAAACGCCGAAGGAGUGCGAGAAAAAAUCAUCAAACAAAAAUUCGUCGAAUGACAAUAAUGACAGCAACGUUGCCGAAUGGAAUCAGCUGCCUCUCGAAAUGACCUGUACCAACGAAUCUGAUUCGGACACCGAAGGGCCGUGUAAAUUUGUGAAUCCAUCCGAGCUGAUCUAUACCACAAAUAUCCUUGAUGGAUUAAUUAAAAUAAAAAACACCGUGAGCCGAGGCGUGGGCAACUAUGCCGAGUUUGUUGAUAAAUCGAUGCAAAUAUUCGACGUGGAAUUGUUAGAUUACGAUAAAUGCAUAGCUCAGUCGAGUUUACAAAAAGUGCAGUCUCCGACGUACGAAGAACAAUUCAUUCGAUUUCUGCAAGAACGACCUACUGUGCCGUCGCCUGAAAGCACGGAGGAAAAUUCUAGGGAGCUACCCGAACCUGACGAGACUACAUCAACGGAUUUGACAAAGGAGCAGACGAAGUUCACUUCCGAAAUGUUAAAAACUAGAGAGCAUAAUAUUUCGGAUAUCUCUGUUCAAGAUGAAAAGGACUUGCAAUCGAUGCCUGGAACUUCUAGUUCCGGAUUAACUGACAAUGUGGUAGAAGUAAAUGACGAUUCAAAUAAAAAUAGUGCUAGUAGUAAUGAAGAGAAUGAACAAGUGAAGAUUGAAACGGGAGAAAAGUAUUUACCCUGUAGUGAUAAUACUCCUGUGUCAGAAAACGAGAAACAUAAUUUAAAUAGGACUGAGGAUAUCAGUGAAGACGACUGUAUAAUUAUUAACAAUUAAUCAAUUAAAUAAUGUAUGUAAUCGUG